AUGGUUAAGAAAGCUGCUCCAAAGAAAUAAGAGACUAAAAAAGCCCCAAUUAGAAGAACAAGAACAAUAUCUACUUUAAUAAAAGACAAUGAAAAUAUUGUACAUCAAAAAUUGGGAUAGACUAGAAGUAAAAGCAAUGGUGUAUUACAAAAGAAGAUUACAAAGUAGACUUAAGAAACAAAAUAAAAGAAUGUACUUAACGAAAAGGAAAAGAAUGCGCCUAAAAAGAAUUCAAAUUAAAAAGAAGAAAAAUAACCAAUUAAAGAUGAUACUAAAUAAAAAAAAUAACCAGAAGUCAAAGAUACUAAAAAACCUAUUCAAACUAGAUAGAAAGUGAAUCCUGUAUAAAAAAAUACUCCAAAAAAAAGUCCUGUUAAAAAAAGUACACCCAAAAAAACUCCCGUUAAAGAAACUGUGGCUAAGGAAGUGACGAAACCAAAGCCUGCGGAAAAGAAAAACGAAAAGGAAGGAAGUAAAAGUGAAAAAAAGGUAGAAGAAAAAUCUGAAAAGAAAAAUAAUGAUAAAAGUGUAAAGAAAGAUACAGAUAAAUCUGAUAAAAAAGAAGCAGAAAAAUCAGAUAAGAAAGUUAAUGAUAAAAGUGAAAAGAAACCUGUUGAGAAACCGGAAAAGAAAGCAAAUGAUAAAAGUGAAAAGAAGCCUGUUGAGAAAUCAGACAAGAAAAGUGAUAAAAAAGGAAAAAGUGAAAAAAAAGAAUAAAGUUAAGAAUAACAAGAAUAAAAAUAAACAGAUUCUGCAAAGAUACCCAGAAGAACAGAAAGCAAAGCUAUAGCUGGUAUUGUUGAUGUUGUCUUUUGUGUAGACACCACCUAAUCUAUGUCUCAAUUUUUAUAUUAAACAAAAAAUACUGUAAAAGAAAUUAUUAAAAACAUAAAAGUUAAAGCUUAAAAUGAAGAUAUUAGUGUUAAAUUUGGGUUUGUUUGCUAUAGAGAUCACCCUCCUUAAGAUUACACCUAUGUAACUAAAAUCUAAGGAUUAUGUGGAGAACAAGAAAUACUUGAUUUUAUAGAUUAACAAGGCGCCUAAGGAGGAGGAGAUGUUCCUGAAGCUGUUUUGGAUGGAUUGUAUGAUGCUGCAAAAAAGAUUGAAUGGAGAGAUGCCAGUCAUACACCUUCAUUAAGAUAUAUCUUUCAUGUAGCUGAUGCACCUCCUCAUGGAAAAGAAUUUUCUGAUUAAGCUUCAGCUUGGCCUAAUGGUGUUCCAUCUGGUGUAACACUUGAUAAAGUAGCUCAUGUGAUUAAUAUCAGGGAAAUCCAUUAUAGAUUGAUAAAUGUUAACAAACUAAAAUUAUUAGAUAAUAUGAAAAAGUUAUUUAAGGAAAAAUUUACGAAUUAUGAAGAAACAGAAUUAGCAAAUGCAAAGGAAAUGGAUUUCAGAGUUAGUGAUAUGAUCAUUAGAGAAUUAUUACCGGAUGUUGAUUAUAAUGAUUGAAUCAUCAUCGCAGUAUAAACAAUUAUAAUUAGUUAUA